AUGAAAAUGUUAAGAAAAUUUGUUUUGUGUUGCGUUUUCCUACAAUUUCGCUGCAGUUUCGCUGCAAUUUCCAUCCUAAAAGCGGAAACUUCUGGCAAUCUCACAAUCCCUAAAUACAUCAGCUUUCUCGUCAACGAGAACAACAAACAAGAUCAAACUCACAAUUAUGACGUGGUUUUAAUUCGAUUGGAACUUCAACAUCAAAACGAUACCUUUGAAAAUAUUCGCGAAGAGUUGCUGAAAGUUAAUCGCGACAAUCCGAUUCUCACUUUUGAUUUGUUUGAUGAAAGUCAACCGAAGGUUCAAUUUCCUCAGAUUUACGCUGCAUCUUUCAUUAUAAUUGUCACUGACCUGACCGAUUCCACUUUAUUGAGAAGUACAUUAUUUGACAUUCUUGAAAAGAUCACCUGGCAAGUUUCUAUUAAGUUUGUCAUUAUCACUCCAAAGAUAAGCCCCAAAUUACUAAACGAAUUUGUCGGGGCUCUAAAUUAUUUUGGAUUUAUUAAUCACUUAAUUUUGGGAAUUUCUGAAACAGUGAAUGCCUAUUCAUCCAACAUGCUCACGAAAAGAAAUUACUGGAUUGCUGAUGAAGACAUCGAGACAUUUUCAAUGGUUUUCCCUGAUAAAUUGAAAAAUUUUCAGAGUUAUCAAUUUCCAGUGCUAUUCUUAAAAGAAUAUUCGAGGUGCAUGAUUAGAGGUAGAAAAGUUGAUGGAAUUAACUUCAGAGUUAUGAACAUGAUACUGAAGAAGUACAAUGGAACCGUGAAAUUCACUACAAUACUUGACCCUGCGGAUCCUCAAGCUGCACUCAAAGUUCAAAAGUACUUUUAUGGCACAAACAAUGCGGCAUUUUCCCUUUCGACAAUCAUGGAUUUAAAAGAGUGGAAGAAGUGGAUUUACACUCAUGACGAGAACGGAUAUUGUGCGUUGAUUCCAAAGCCACAAAGAUUGACAUUUCUGCACUUCAUUUUGACGCCAUUCGAUGGACUUUCAUGGACGUUUAUGAUCACUUCAAUUGUCGUUUGCAGCAUAUUCUGGAAACUUCUCACCCGUUCUUACAACUAUUUAAGAAGCAACUCGCCAUUCUUCUUCAUCUUCGGAGUGAUUGCAAACUUCUUGGGACAAUCGAUUCCAUUCAGAAAUUCUCGACGAAUUCAAAAGCUUUUGCUUCAACUUUGUGUUCUUAUGACGUUCAUUAUGGGAAAUGCUUAUCAGUCUCUGAUCAUUGCUUCGAUGUCAACAUCUCGUGACGGUCGAAAAUUCAACACUUGGCAGGAAAUGUUUAGCAGCAAUUUGAGUUACGAAUCUGGUGAAAUAUUUUACAAUAUAAUAAAGGAUUCUGGUGACUAUCCAGAUGUUGUCAGUCUUGCUGAUGUUCUGUCGCAGAUGAGUGACAGAAUGAUAUUUUGGGUGUGUAAAUUACAUGAAAAUUUAUUCUUCCACUUGAAUGUUGUUUACAAGGUCGAGAAAAGAUUUAGAAUGAUGACUUGA